GAUAUCCUGUUUUUCUCGCCCGGCCUGAUGCAGGAAGUUUCAGGUUUGUUUCAGUUUUAAACCGGGGAGCACAGUGAAGCCAUGGACAGGCUCAUGUGUAUAGUGUUGAUUCUAAGCUUUCAUAACUUGUGGAAUGGCCUCGACGCUGUGGAACAAGGUGCCCUGAACUUUGUGGUGCUUGCAGACUGGGGUGGGCUGCCUUUGCCUCCUUACUACACUGCUCAAGAGAAAGCUAUUGCUGCAGAGAUGGAUAGACUGGCCCAAUCCGAGGGGGUGGACUUUGUCCUCAGCCUCGGAGAUCACUUCUAUUUUAGCGGCGUCAAGGAUGAGGAAGACCCACGCUUCAAGAACACAUUUGAAGGUGUCUUCUCUCAGCCAUCUCUACUGGAUAUACAGUGGUACCUAACUGCUGGAAACCACGACCAUAUUGGCAACAUCUCAGCACAAAUGGCUUACUCUAACAUAUCCCACCGAUGGAAUUACCCAGCUCUUUAUUACGAUCUUCAGUUUACUGUUCCACACACAAACGUAUCAGUGAGCAUCCUGAUGAUUGAUACGGUGGUGCUCUGUGGAAACACGAAUGACCAAGUCCAGCCUGUGGGACCAGAGGACUCCAUGGCAGCAGAAAACCAGUGGAACUGGAUCAGUGCUAAACUGGCCAGCAGCAGGUCUGACUAUGUGGUGGUGGCUGGUCAUUAUCCUGUGUGGUCUAUUGGCAAUCAUGGACCUACAGCCUGUCUAGUCGACAAACUACGGCCCCUACUGAAGAAGUACGGAGUCACAGUUUACCUGUGUGGCCAUGAUCAUGAUCUGCAGUUUAUCAGAGAGGAUGAUGGGAGCUCAUAUGUUGUCAGCGGGAGUGGGAUGGUCAGUGACCAUUCCACUCGUCACAUUAGCAGUGUCCCUCCGUCCUGGCAGCUCUUUUCCAGUCCUGUCAAUCACACAGCAGGAGGCCUGGCUUUCUUCCAAGUGACUGAGCGUCAGAUGACAGUCAGUUACAUGCAGACAGAUGGGAAAUGUGUUUACCAGGCUGAGCUGCCAAAACGCAAAGUGUGAGGCCGCUCAUCGCUGCAGAGAUCUGUAACCGUCACAGUCAGGCAGCAGCCAUGUUUGUUCAUGUCCUGUACAGCUUUGUGUAAUCUACAUUGGCAUUCUGUAAAAUAUUAAACCUUUAUUUUAAUUACAACUUUUUUAUGUUUUAAUUAUUAUGAAAUUAAACAGCUGUUUGGUCAAUAAUA